CGGCGGCAUGGCGGAGCUGCAGCAGCCGUCGCCGCCGUCACCGCCGCAGCAGCAGCAGCAGCAGCAGCAGCAGCAGCAGCAGCAGCAGCAGCGCGCCGUCCCCGCCGCCCGGCAGGUCCUGCGCGACAACCACGCCAACCUGCACCGAGUUGCCGACUACUGCGAGAGCAACUACCUGGAGGCAAGCGACAAGAGGAAGGCGCUGGAGGAGACCAUGGCCUACAGCACCCAGUCCUUGGCCAGCGUGGCUUAUCAGAUCAGCAACCUGGCCACCAUCUUCCUCAAGAUGCUGGACCUCCAGGCGGCUGAGCUCCGGAAGGUGGAGGCCAACAUCAACUGUGUGGCCCAGCUGGUUGACAUGCACAAGGAGAAGGUGUGCCGCCGCGAGAUCGGCUCCUUGGCCGUCAGCAAGAGCUUCCCCUCGCACCGGAAGAUCGUUUCUCCGGCGAGCCCGCCCAGCCUGGAGCCCUACUGCCGGAGACCCCUCAACUUCAGCGUCCUGGACGACGUCGGGCACGGCAUAAAGGACCACAGCACCCAGCUGUCCCGCACGGGGACCCUCUCGCGGAAGGCGAUCAAGUCGUCCGGGCCGGCCGCGGGCACCCUGGGGAGGGGUCUGCGCGUCCCGGAGCCCAUCCAGCCGCCCGUGGUUCCCGAAGGAAAGCUGUCCACAGCCACCGCCUCCUCCUCCUCCUCCUCCUCCUCCUCGCUGGCAUCAGUCAGCUCCAGCGGAGCCCCCGGCCCGGCGGGCGACGGCGUCCCCGCUCCACCACCGCUCCCGUCCCCGCCUGGGCCGCCUGCCCCAGCCCUGGGCGCUGGCCCGCCGCCACCGCCGGGGGACCUGCCACCACCACCACCAGGAGGCUUGGACCUGCCACUGCCAGGAGGCUUGGACCUGCCUUCUCCGGGGGACCUGCCACCACCACCACCAGGAGGCUUGGACCUGCCACCGCCAGGAGACUUAGACCUGCCAUCUCUGGGGGACCUGCCACCACCACCACUGGGAGACUUGGACCUGCCACCUCCAGGGGACCUGCCUCCACCACCACCAGGGGACCUGGACCUGCCACCUCCAGGGGACCUGUCCCUCCUGCCCCCCGGUGAGGGCUGUGUGCCAGCCCCGGACGACUUCAACUCCCCGCCAGCUUUGCCUGAAUUUGAUGGUUCAGCCCUGGCGACGGCCUCGGAGGAGCCUCCCUGGGCGCCCAGCAGCUACCUGGAGAAAGCGGUGACCCUCUACCCCUACGCGCGGCAGAAGCCCGACGAGCUCUCCUUCGAGGCGGGCGCCCUCGUCUACGUCACGCGGCGCUACUCGGACGGCUGGUGCGAGGGCGUCACGGCCCAGCAAGCGGGUUUCUUCCCCGGCAGCUACGCCGAGCCCUUGUGCUGAGCGCCCGGCCGCGGCUCCGCUCCGCUCCGGGCAGCCGCCGCUUCCCGGUGGGCUUUGCCGAGCCGGCCCGGCGCCUGCCCCGCGGCGCCCCGGCGGGCGCCCAGACCCCUCGGGCUCAAACCGCGCACGGGCCGUACGAGCAGCCCUUUCGCAGCCAGGUUUACCUCCCGGACCCAAACAACUCGCGUAUCUCUAAUAUAUAUAUAUAUGCAUACAUAUAUACGUAUUGUUUUAAUUCCAUGGCUUAAGUUCCACACAGUUGAACAGGGUCCAGAGGAGGAAGAACAAAGGUGAGGGAGGAAGGAAAUAAAGGAGGAAAAUCUCAGGGCUGCUUUGGUUAUUUUCUCACUUCUCAGAUUUGCUGUCAGGGUUUCUACACUUUGGAGUCGUUACAAGCCGCCCUCGGGGGCACUUAAGGCUGUGGAUAAAUCCAGGAAAAACCAGCACAAGAGAGCAGCAAAUCCUGUUGCCCCCCCUCCCCCCCCUCCAGAGUGCAAUUAAAAGGGGCAAUUAAUACUGCAAAGGCCCGGGAACGGCGAGCAGGGCGCAGCGGGUUUCAUCCUGCAGCGGCCCGGUGCCGGGAGAAGCGCUAAGCACCACAACUCCCGCUCCAGCUGCCGGGAGUUUCAGCACCUCUCGAGCAGGCCAGGAGGUAAA